AUGCCCGACAAUCGCCCACCCGCCGGCAAGCAGUUACUGAUAUCGCGUGGUGUUCUCAGUGGAGGCGAUCCUUCGCAGAUGUUGAACAAGGACCCGAGGCGGAAUGACGCUCUUGUUCAGGCCCGUCAAGAAGAAGCGAGACUGUUGGGAGCGAGAGAUUACAAAGAUAGAAAUGCUGUACCAAUAACGCCUGGUGCCAGUUUGCAGAGGAAUAGGAAGAUUCCUGGGUCGACGGUCGCAUUCAGGCCGACGGACAGGAUUUCUCAGCAUGCGCGUGAUAGCGGACCUGUUCGUGCAUCUGGAAAUUCGAAGACGUCGAACCAUUUGAGAAGAAAUCCUUCGUACUUGGAUGAUGCACCCGAUUUUGAAGAGUCGAACCGGCCGAACAAGCGUAGACGACAAGACGACCACGCGAGAACACUUGACUUGACAGACGGAAGCCCCGUGCGCCGGGCAUCAUCACCUUCUAGCCAGAACUCAGCAAGACCUAAAAGCAAUGGCCGGGCCAGGCAACAUGAAGAGUUCCGUGGCGUGGAAGAUAGCGUCAGAGUUAACCGGAGCCCACGGGUUUCUCGAAGGAGCCAGCACACGCGAUUCCCGUCAGCUGAGUCCCUGGAAGAACGAUUUACGUCGAUGGCCGCUGAACAAAGGCGAGCUGGGGCCCUCAAAACGGAUAAAGAACCGCAGGCCAACAAAGAAUCGGAGCUACCUCGACAAGCUCUUCUUGACAUCAUCGAGAAACAUGAUUUGGGGGGAAAGGACCCAAGUCAUCAAAAUGCUACGUCUUCGAGCAAAUCGCGUGUUGUGUCUGGUACCAGGGAAAGUCCAGAUGAAUUACAGGGCGAAACCACGACUCAACCGGUACCGAGGUUCCUCGACGCAAACCAACCCCAAUCUCGUCACAAGUUCAAUAAAGGCAACUUUAUGUCUCCAGCCCGAAAGCGUUCGCCAACUGAUAUACAACCCACCGACUUUGCGGGCUCCCCACCUCAAGGGCCUAAAAAGAUCAAGCGUACCCCCAACAGCUUACCCUCAUCUUUUGAUGUGAUCUCUAUUCGAUAUGGUUCUGUUGGAAAAAGGGUUGCGAAGGGUGAAAGAGCAGCCAUUCGGUUGGCACCGGAAAAGAUCGAACUUGGUGAAGACAUUUUUGGGUCGGGAAAAAAAUUGGAGAUCCUGUUGCGAAAUGUCCGAACGGUCUUGCAAGGAGUCAAGCCCAGUCUUAAGUUGAGGCUGAAACUUUCUCAGAAGUCUGAGGCACCAGGUGAUAAUAUAGAUAUUGAAUUCCUGGUGCAAUCAGACAAGAGAAAGUUUGUGCAAGUGCUGCAGGAUUUCCAGAUUAAGAUCUUGGACAAGACAGGGAUAUUCAUGGACAAGGCCUUUACAACCUACGAACAUGAGAUGACACGACACGGCAACCACACUAAACAACCCUUCCUGGACAUUUCUGCGCCUGAGCCGGCAUCCACCGCACCUGUCGGGUCUUCCACACGCCAGAAGCUUUCUUCCGCUUUGCAAAACUCGAAAGACGAGUCCAGUGAGAGCAAACGAGUUGAAAAUAAAAUAAGUACUCGGGACGAUUCCGGGCCGAUGACCGGGGCUGGCGAUUCCCGAGAAAGGCCCAGUAACGGCAAAAGCGAUCCUGAAUCCGGGGUGGAGAUUCCCGUGAAGCCCUUCCGGCCGCAAGAGUCUGCUGAACGAGAGACCCGUUCUACUAGGCGUACGACACGCAUCUCUGGGGGAUUGACCGGACCCAACGACGUCUCAGACUUCUUCAAAGUACCCCGCCAACCGUCCCCCAAAGAUGACGCUGCUCGGAAGAAAUGGAAGAAGCCCUUGGUGUAUCCUUGGGUUGGGAAGAAAAAGGCCGAGGUCUGCGUUGAAGACCGAGACCGACUGCGUGACGACGAGUUCCUGAAUGAUAAUCUCAUCGGUUUCUACAUGCGCUUCUUGCAAGAUCACCUCGAACGCACCAACAAGAAAGCUGCCGAGCGGGUGUACUUCUUCAAUUCUUAUUUCUUUGACACACUCCUAAAUACCCCAAAGGGAGAGCGCGGCAUUAAUUACAGUGGUGUGGAGAAGUGGACGCGCAACGUUGACCUCUUCAGCUACGACUACAUCGUCGUUCCCAUCAAUCAGGCUGCACAUUGGUACGUUGCCAUUAUUUGCAAUCUGCCUAGCUUGGAGCUUGGAACUGUGGAGUCCGUGCAGCCAUCCUCUGCCCACGUGAGCGACAAAGAGACCUCGAACCAGCCGGAGAGUGACGUGCAUGAGAUCCUUGAGUCGCCGGAACCCGAACCUGCCCCGGAUCCCAGUACCCCUACCCAGACAGAACCGGAGGGAAAGAAGAAGCGAACUUCUGAAUCCCCAGUAUCACAGGGGGCGCGGCAGUCUUUUGCUUCGAUGACCAUUCAAGAGCAGGAGAAAGCACGAAAUGAGGCAGGAAAAUCGGAGGCUCCCGCUGACACUGAGGAGUGGCCUGAAGGGGAAGAAAACCCAGCUUCGCCACCUGCCAAGUUCUCUCCCUUCAAACAAAUCUCCACUGAGCCUUACACUGCAUCUUAUACGGGUCGGAAAACCAAGAAAGGCAAGGCCGGCCCGAAGUUGAGCCCGAGCCAGACGACAAUAGUCACAUUCGACUCACUCGAUCAAGGCCGCUCGCCCACGAUCAGGAUGCUGCGGGACUAUAUCUGCAAAGAGGCUGCCUCCAAGCGUGGCGUCGAGGUUGAUCCGACAAACAUCAAGGGCAUGCGUGCUCGCCAGAUCCCGUUGCAGCCAAAUUACUCCGAUUGUGGACUCUACCUGUUGGCGUAUGUGGAGAAGUUCGUUCAAGAUCCCGACUCAUUCGUUACAAAGCUCCUUUCGCGUGAAAUGGACCAGGUGGAUGACUGGCCUCCUCUGGGAUCCGGUCUUCUUCGACAUCGGCUCCGCAAGUUCCUUGAUGAUCUGUACGAUGAGCAGGCACAGGCUAAGGACAUCUCUGAAGGACAGGCGAUCAUGGCAGAUCAGCAACCGAUCUCAUAUUUGCUGGGUCCAUCUCUGCCAAGGCAAGUUGAUGGUGAUGAUCGGGGCAAUGCAGAGCUUUUGCAGCCCAAAGACGAUGCAAAGAACAAGGGUGCAGAGGAGAAGCCUGCUGCGGAGGACGCUGUUCAAGGUCGUGAUUCACCAAAUGAUGGUUCGGCUGCAGACCAGCCUGAAUUGGUGCCCACCGCCUCUUCUCCUGGCCCUAAGUCGUCGAAGGGGAAGAAAGCUUCUGGUCCGCCUCCAGCAGAUGAAAAUGCCACCCUGCAACCAGCCCCGCCAAAAGACGAAGAAGUUUUUGUGGUGCCCGACAGCCAGGAGAACAGGCCAGCGCCAAAACCAAAGCCGAGCCGCGCCGAGAAUAAAAAGGCUGCCAAAGCAGUGGAUGCGCCCGUCUGCAGGAAGUCAGAUCGGAAGAAGGCCCCCAUACCAGUCGGCAGUGAUGUGGUGAAUGAGCCUACUUCGCAAAAACCUGCGAAGGGAUCACAAGUGCAGCAAAUCCAGGUACAGCGUACACCAUCACCCAGUGAACCAGACCGAGUUCGAAAGAGCCCACGGGGCAAGACACGCAAGGAUUGA